AUGAGCUUUUCGGAGACGAGAAGCAUGGAACCGAGCUGCGAAGGAGGGGUUCCGAGCAGUACCAGUUCCGUGGUGAGGUCGACUGACGGUAGAAGGUUCACGAAGCACAUACAUGAUAAUGUUCACGGCCACAUCUAUGUCGAUCCUCUUUCUUUGAAGUUUGUCGACACAGAACAGUUUCAGAGGCUUCGUGAUUUGAAGCAGCUAGGUUUCACAUACAUGGUGUAUCCUGGGGCUAUGCAUUCUCGGUUUGAGCAUUCACUUGGAGUCUAUUGGCUGGCUAGUGAAGCUGUAAACAAAUUGAAAACCUAUCAAGGCUUGGAGCUUGGUAUAGAUAGCUUUGACAUACAAACUGUAAAACUUGCUGGUCUGCUGCAUGAUUUGGGCCAUGGACCAUUUAGUCACACAUUUGAGCGCGAAUUUAUUCCAAGAGUUCUCAAUGGCAUGAAAUGGUCUCAUGAAGAAAUGUCUAUCAAGAUGAUAGACUACAUUGUUGAUGAACAUAACAUUGAUUUUGACCCCAACAGUCUCAAAAGGGUGAAGGAGAUGAUAACUGCCGCUGAGAACAGUACACCAAAUAGCUUCAAAGAAAAGCCUUUCUUGUACGACAUUGUUGCUAAUGGACGAAACGGAAUUGAUGUUGACAAAUUUGAUUACAUUGUCCGUGACUCCAGGGCGUGUGGGCUUGGCUGCAAUUUUCUGUUUCAGAGGGUGUUGGAUACUAUGCGAGUGAUGAACAAUGAGAUUUGUUAUCGUGCUAAGGAGUAUCUCACUAUCUACAAGCUAUUUUCGACCCGGGCAGAUUUGCAUCGCACAGUCUAUACACAUGCAAAAGUAAAGGCUGUAGAACUCAUGGGCCUUGAUGCCUUGGCCAUGGCAAAUGAUGCUCUUAAGAUUUCAUCAUUCAUUGAUGAUCCAGCUGAAUUCUGGAAGUUAGAUGAUACAAUAUUGAAGACAAUUGAAACAUCUACAAACCAAGAUCUGAAGGAAUCAAGAGAUUUGCUCCGUCGUAUUCGGAGAAGGGAUCUUUACCAGUAUUGCAAUGAGUUUGCAGUUCCUAAGGACGAGAUGGAUUACUUCAAAGAUGUCACUUCUCAAGACAUUAUCUGCUCACAGGAAUCUAGUCACCCAACUUUAAAUGAAGAUGAUAUUAUCGUAAGCAAUGUGAAAAUCGAUCUGUCCCGUGGAAGGAACAAUCCACUUGAACGCAUCAAGUUUUUUAAGGACUAUGACAGCGUCGACAAAUUCGAUGUAAAAGAUCAUUUGGUCAGCCACUUGCUGCCCACAUGUUACCAAGAUUUGAUCGUGAGAGUUUACUGCAAGAAGUCCCAGUUGGUCGGAGCCGUCUCCAAGGCCUUUGAAAAUUUCCAGAUGAAAACAUAUGGUAAGAAAACUCAAGUCCACGAAACUCCAGAUAAAAAGAAGCGGAAGAAAUGCAACACUCAGAUUGCUGAAACCGAGCAACAAGAAUAAUCACACGGUUAAGUAACAGGUUUUUUUUUUUUGCUACAUAAUUGCAAUCUCACUAGAAUGAAACCCCUUAAGGCUUAGGCAACUUUAUUCUUUCUAUAAUCUCCAUGCCACAAUAUAUUCAUUGCUUGACACUAAUAACUAUACUAUCUCCAGUGACCCAAAUAUUGCAAAGGAAACAUAGACAUUAAGAAAUGAAUAACUACCGUUCGAGAGAGAA